CAUAGACUUGAACGGGUGACUGGAGUUGUUCAUUUUUAAAAGUGAUUUGCAAACAAAACAGUAAUUAUUCUUCAAAAUUUAAUAAAUUAUUUAGAAAGUUAUGUCUCUGUAGUGUGUGUAACAAAGUCAACAGGAAAUCUUGAAAAUAUGAAUAAUAAGAAAGCCUUAUCUAAAAAGAACAUCAAAAAGACAACCAAUGCUCAGUUUGAUGUUCUAGUACGCGAAAUGGCGAAACGGCCCGACGCAGCACGCGGCUAUGCCUUUGGUCAUAAGCGGGACAAAGUUGAUGCCGAUUGGAGGGAAAUAGUAGACCUGCUCAACGAUUUAGGACCACCCGUAAGAAAUUUAUCCGAGUGGAAAAAGGUAUGGUCUGAUCUACGUAAACGUUUACAAAACCGCUUAAAUGGCGAGAGAACGGGUCGCACGAAAAAAAAACUUUUAGAUUCCCAUGAAUUCGAAUUCGUUAAGGACACCUUGACCUCCCAAUCGUUAUAUUCGUUGGCUGUAGCUGCUGCGAAUGAGUACAAUGAAGACGAUUGUUUUAAACACGCCACCAAACAGGAACAUCAUUCCACCACUGAUUCGCAACCAUUUGAAACGCACAGCCAUUUAGAAGAAAUGGAAUUUCAACCUGCCACAGAUACCGAUUACGAAAAAGUGUUUUUAUAUCCCGAAACUGAAGAUCCAAAAUUGGAAGAGAAACAAGAAAAGCAAAUGAAAACAACAAACUUAGAGAACAGUUUGCUCGCAGUUGAAAAGCAUAUGAAAGAACAGUGUAAAUUAUUUGAACAACUGACUAAAAUAAAUACAUCUAUAGCUAAUGCAAUCGAACGCCAAGUAACAGCCACGGAGAAGCAAAACGAAGUAUUGGAGCGUCAAGCUAAAGCUAUGGAAAGUCAAACAACCGUUCUAACUGCUCUCAUGGAAUUGUGGCGGGAUAAAUUAAAAAACAAAGAAACGGGAACGAGCAAAACAAUGCUCUGGGACGCGUAGUGGUUUAAGUACCGUUUCUAUUAUUUUUUUUCUUUUUUGUAAAGUACCGUUCUUAAUGAGUUCAUUUAAUGUUUUUAACGCCAAGUAAGCGGCGCCACAAUAUUAUCAUAUUAUUUUAUAAAUGAACAGUAGUGAAUAAUUAGAAAUAUAUAAUCCCGAUCAAAUCUAUUUUUAUAAAAUUAUGACGAUACGUGUAGAAGCAAUAUUGUGCGCUUUAGGAGCCAUCAAAUUGAUUGUAUAUAAAACAUGUAAUAUAUUAAACCUAUGUAUAAAACGU